GAUAGUACUCGCUUGGCGAUUUCUCGCGACCUAUUGAGAUAGUGAGAGAAUGCAUAUUUAGUUAUUUUUCUUGAAAGACCCUGCAGUUGUUCAUAGUUAUUUUUCUUGGAAGACGCUGCAGUUGUUCAACUCAAUGCGUUCAAUAACAUCAUUUCAAGAUCAAACUUUUUGUUAUUUGGAUAUCAAGUACAGUGGUUUUAAUUCUCCACUUUUCUGGAAUGGAAAUGCAACCCCCCACCCUUUCCUUUUGCAACUAGUCCUCCCGAGAAACUACCUCGUGCUAGGUAGAUGAAUGAAUGGAGGGGAAGACUGAUAUACAAGAGCUCCUCAGUGAUCCAUCACGGUUUAAGUGCGCAUAGAUAGGUGGCUCUGCGAGCCCGCGCUAGUUUUUCUACAAGGCAGGCCACGCCCCUGUCUUCUCUUUGAAUUCGUAAGUCCGGGCCACGACCCCGAUUCAAGUCACGUCAGUGAACGUUUGUGCACUUGUAGACAAGUAGGCAACAAAAAAAAUGAGCUCUCUCCAGUGUGUGAGUUAGGUGAUCCAUCAUGCGGAUGAAACUAUCAUGCAUUGACUUCUAUUUCGCGCUACCCGUCUGCAAAUAUAUCGGGUUAUACGCUAAAGCCGAAUAACGACCACGAGCGGUCUUAAGUAAUGUCCACCGCUGAGGACAUGACAUCUCUGGGAUCCUUUUCAAUUUAAAAUCGCAUUUCUUAACACGUUUAC